UCUCUCCCGGCUCCAAUCUAGGAGUCUGCCUCAUUCUUUUCUCCUCCCUCAUCAGUUGCCGGCCGGAGCCCUAACUUGCAAACCGGAUCUCUUUUGAAGAAGAAGCUGAGAUGAGAGAGAUCCUCCAUAUACAGGGCGGGCAGUGCGGCAACCAGAUCGGGGCCAAGUUCUGGGAGGUGAUCUGCGACGAGCACGGGAUCGACCGCUCCGGAAAAUACAGUGGAGAUUCCGAUCUCCAGCUUGAGCGGGUCAAUGUAUACUACAAUGAGGCCAGCGGUGGGAGGUACGUACCCAGGGCGGUGCUUAUGGACCUUGAGCCGGGGACCAUGGAUUCCUUGAGAUCUGGGCCGUACGGGCAAAUAUUCCGGCCAGAUAACUUUGUGUUUGGACAGUCUGGUGCGGGCAACAAUUGGGCAAAAGGACACUACACAGAGGGCGCUGAGCUCAUCGAUGCUGUUCUGGAUGUGGUGAGGAAGGAGGCCGAGAAUUGCGACUGCUUGCAAGGAUUCCAAGUGUGCCAUUCUCUGGGAGGUGGAACUGGAUCCGGCAUGGGAACCCUUCUAAUCUCUAAGAUUAGGGAGGAAUACCCUGAUCGCAUGAUGUUGACCUUUUCUGUCUUCCCAUCUCCUAAAGUUUCAGACACUGUGGUUGAACCCUACAAUGCAACCCUUUCUGUUCAUCAACUUGUUGAGAACGCUGAUGAAUGCAUGGUGUUGGACAACGAGGCUCUUUAUGAUAUCUGCUUCCGCACGCUAAAGCUUGCAACUCCUUCAUUUGGUGACCUGAAUCAUCUCAUCUCUGCUACAAUGAGUGGUGUUACUUGCUGCCUGAGAUUCCCCGGCCAACUCAACUCUGAUCUCCGCAAGCUCGCCGUCAACCUCAUUCCAUUCCCCCGUCUCCAUUUCUUCAUGGUGGGCUUUGCCCCCUUGACCUCCAGAGGCUCUCAGCAGUAUCGUUCCCUCACUGUCCCUGAGCUAACCCAGCAAAUGUGGGACUCUAAAAACAUGAUGUGCGCUGCCGACCCUCGCCACGGUCGCUACCUCACCGCUUCUGCCAUGUUCCGCGGCAAGAUGAGCACCAAAGAGGUAGACGAGCAAAUCAUCAAUGUCCAGAACAAGAACUCCUCAUACUUCGUGGAGUGGAUUCCAAACAACGUUAAGUCCAGUGUUUGCGACAUCCCGCCGAAGGGACUGAAGAUGGCAUCGACAUUCAUCGGCAACUCGACCUCGAUCCAGGAGAUGUUUCGCCGCGUAAGCGAGCAGUUCACCGCCAUGUUCAGGAGGAAGGCUUUCUUGCACUGGUAUACUGGGGAGGGCAUGGACGAGAUGGAGUUCACCGAGGCUGAGAGCAACAUGAAUGAUCUGGUGGCUGAGUACCAGCAGUACCAGGAUGCAACAGUUGAUGAGGAAGAGUAUGAGGAAGAGGAGCCAACUGACUGAGCUACUUGGUUUACUUAGGUUUGAUUUGAUUUCUCUUCUUGAAACUUGAAAGCCAUCUUUAUCGUGUGCGUUUGUGCUUUUGCUUGAUUGACAGUUAUAUUCGUGGCUUUCUUUCAUUUCGAGUAUUUUGCUUAUAACUACAUUGCUGAAAUUUGAAAACUAUUGAUGUGCUUAAAUUUGUUUGAGUUAUUUAUUGGUUAUGAUGUAUUAUUUUUACUUA